AUGGCGCAACUUCUAACCUUGAUUCUAGUGCUGUUUGCAGGUACAGCAUGUCAGGCACGACUGAACCGGAUCGUUGGCGGUGAACUCACAACCAUCGAGGAGUACACCUCGAUAGCUCAAGUGGAAUUCCUCGGUAUCAUCUCAGGUGCCUGGUCCCAGUCCUGCGCGUGUAACAUCCUCAAUUCUUUGAAUGUGCUGUCAGCUGCCCACUGUUUUGCUGGAUCCCAAUAUUCACCAACACACCGUCGCGUCAGAGCUGGCGCUACCUUCCGUAAUACUGGCGGAAUCGUAUCCAACGUCGCCCAGGAGCACAAUCAUCCCAGUUAUGGUGCCCUUGGGUUCGAUGGCGACAUCACCGUGGUGAGGUUGGCGGAACCCCUGGUCUUCAGUCCUGUAGUACAGCAGGGUGUUAUUGUCGCCCAGGAUGCAGUGAUCCCUGAUGAUCAGCCUGUCAUCCAUGCCGGUUGGGGUGCAACAGCUCAAGGUGGCAGUGUAUCGAACCAGUUACGAGAUGUCACAAUUUUCACCAUCAACAACGAUCUUUGCCGUGAACGCUACCAGUCUCUACCCACCCCUGCUCUGGUCACCCCCAACAUGAUUUGUGCCGGUAUCCUCGACGUUGGAGGGCGUGAUGCCUGUCAAGGUGACUCUGGAGGACCUUUAUACUACGGGAACAUCAUCAUUGGAGUUGUCUCCUGGGGCCACGGAUGUGCCAACGGAACUUUCCCUGGCGUUAGCACUGCUGUUUCUCCUUACACCAACUGGAUUAUUGAUGCUGCUUCCUAA